GAGAGAGAGAGAGAGAGAGAGAGAGAGAGAGAGAGAGAGAGAGAGAGAGAGAGAAAUAUGGUGAAAUUCUCUAAGCAGUUCGAGGGUCAGCUUGUGCCUGAGUGGAAAGAGAACUUUGUGGAUUAUUGGCAACUCAAGAAGGACCUCAAGAAAAUCCAUCUCCUUAACUCAGACACCUCGAAAACUGACAAUCACCACUGCAACAGCUCUUCUCAGAACAGCAUCUUGUCCUCUCUCAGGAAGUUCUCUGUGCUGGGCCAGAGGCACAGAGAAAAUGGAGUCAUUCAAGUGCACAGAAAGCUCGCGUCUUCGGCUAGCAGGGGCGACGUCUACGAGACCGAGCUGCACGAGCAGUUGGCUGAUUCGGAGGCCGCGAAGGAGUUCUUCACAUGCCUGGACUUCCAGCUCAAUAAAGUGAACCAGUUCUACAGGACAAAGGAGGAGGAGUUCUUGAACAGAGGGGAGAAACUGAGGAAGCAAAUGGAUGUACUGGUUGAGCUCAAGGCCGCACUCAAGCAACAGCAAGGCGAGGGGGCCUUGAGCCAAGAUUUCAAGGAGGAUGUUUCCAUUUCAUCCCACAUCUCCUCUGAGGAGUCAGUUAAGGACAGAGCAGAACAAGAGCAGCAGCAGCAGGAAGCUAACACAGAUGACCCAGAGACAAAUGAAAUGCCAUUCUCAGAGUUUCCGAAAGCAGAGGAAAUUGGGGAUUCGAAGAGAAUCAAAAGAGAGGACAGCAAACUGCGGUCGCUCUCAACUCGCUCUUUCAACUGCCAAGGAAAGAACUUGAAGAUCAACAUCCCUCUAACUACGCCAACUCGUACAUUUUCUGCGAUCACUUACCUAGUUUGGGAAGACUUGAUCAAUCAGUCCUCUAAAAAGUGCAAUUCAGAUGGUGGCAAACUGAAUAUCAACAGAACAAAGUUACGCAGAGCAGAAAAGAUGAUCAGAGGAGCUUUUGUUGAGCUUUACAAGGGUUUGGGCUACCUUGAAACUUACAGGAACUUGAACAUGCUGGCUUUUGUAAAGAUCUUGAAGAAGUUUGACAAAGUGACCGGAAAGCAAGUUCUUCCAAUUUACCUGAGAGUCGUGGAGAGCUCCUACUUUAACAGCUCGAACAAGGUGAUGAAUUUGGGUGACGAAGUUGAGGACCUAUUUAUCAAGCACUUUGCCGAGGAGGACCGUACAAAGGCCAUGAAGUACUUGAAGCCUCGUCAGCGCAAAGACUCCCAUGGCAAGACCUUUUUCAUAGGGAUAUUUACUGGCUGUUUCAUUGCGCUUUUGGCUGGAUACAUAAUCAUGGCUCACAUGACCGGGAUGUACACACGGAAAGGUGACACGGUCUACAUGGAAACAGUCUAUCCAGUUUUAAGCAUGUUCAGCCUUUUGUUUCUGCACUUCUUCCUAUACGGUUGCAACAUUUUUGCAUGGAAAAAAGUGAGGAUAAAUUAUAGCUUCAUCUUCGAGCUGGCCCCUACCAAGGAGCUUAAGUACAGAGAUGUUUUCUUGAUCUGUGCGUCAUCAAUGGCUGUCAUUCUAGGCGUUAUGUUCGCUCAUCUGUCGCUACAACAGAAAGGGUAUACCUCUGCUCAAGUAAAGGCGAUCCCAGGACUGCUUUUACUGGCAUUCCUACUUGUCCUUGUGUGCCCAUUUAACAUUCUCUAUCAGUCGAGCCGUUACCGUUUCCUUGGUGUGAUGAGAAACAUAAUUCUGUCCCCUCUUUACGAGGUUGUCAUGCUGGACUUUUUCAUGGCUGACCAACUGUGUAGUCAGGUUCCAAUGCUUAGAAACCUUGAAUAUGUAGCAUGUUACUACAUAACUGGCAGCUUCAAGACUCAAGACUAUGGCUAUUGCAUGAGGACUAAGCACUACCAGGACCUGGCAUACGCGGUGUCCUUCCUGCCCUACUAUUGGAGAGCAAUGCAGUGUGCUCGCCGAUGGUUUGAUCAAGGAGAGACGAAUAAUCUAGUAAAUCUAGGGAAAUACGUGUCAGCUAUGUUUGCAGCUGGGGCUAAAGUUGCAUACGAGAAAGAAAGAAGCAUUGGGUGGUUGUGUCUUUUUGUGGUCGUUUCGAGUUCCGCAACUGUGUACCAACUAUACUGGGACUUUGUAAAGGACUGGGGUUUGCUCCAAAUGAAUUCCAAGAACCCGUGGUUGAGGAACGAGUUAAUGCUACGCCGGAAAAUCGUAUACUACGCCUCCAUGGGUCUGAACCUCAUUCUGAGGCUUGCUUGGUUGCAAACAGUUCUUCACUACAGUUUUGAGCAUGUUGAUUACCGCCUGACGGGGCUAUUUUUAGCAGCCCUUGAAGUUACUCGGAGAGGACUUUGGAAUUUCUUCAGGUUGGAGAAUGAGCAUUUGAACAAUGCAGGAAAAUUCAGAGCAGUGAAGACAGUACCACUUCCCUUCCAUGAAGUGGGUGAGGAAGAUUGAUGCCAAUUUUAGCUACAGUUGCUUAGAGAAUCUUAUUCUUUGCGAAAUGCGCGGUGCGCGAAACCUCUCCCACAAAUUUCUCCGAGCCCUUAAUGUCCUUUUUCGACAAACUGAUGCAACGUGUUAUCAGAAUCUUCUCAUUGUUCGGUGGCACACAUAAACAAUGUCCAUAACUUGUACACAGAAUUUUUCUUUCAACAAAGAUAAACAAAUUAAUGCUUA